UUGUUGAAGUAAAUAUCAUUAUUUUGGGGGUAAUCGUAUGAUUAAGAGUAUUAAAGCUUUGGUUUUGCUCCACCGAUACCGGACUCGUUUAUUUAUUUUUUUAUCAUCUCAAUCAAAACUUCGUUUUUCUCUUUCAGAUUUCAAGCACCGAUUCCUCUCUGCAGAUCAAGAAAUGGCUAAACAAGUCAGUGCUGUUCAACGAAAUGAUUCUUUUGAGUUUGAGCUGUUUGAGGAUGAUACUGAUCACCUUAAAACUGUUGUAGCUUCAUCAAGCCAAAUAAGUCCUAGGAUUCUACCUGCGAAAUUGAAACUUAGACAAAGAAUUGGGAGGGGGACCUUCGGUGAUGUUUGGUUAGCAACUCAUCUGCGGUCUGCUGGAGAUUAUGAAGUGGCUGUCAAGAUGUUGCCUCUAAUUAAGGAGGAGCACAUGAAGGUCUUACUAGAUAAAUUUGAUUGUUUGUUUUCAAAAUGUCAAGCGUUAGAAGGUGUUUGCUCGAUAUAUGGGAUUUCAGUUAUUGGUGGAAAGAUAUGUAUUGUUAUGAAAUUCUAUGAAGGAUCAGCUGGUGACAAACUUGCCCACCUUAAAGAAGGGAAGUUUUCAGUAGCUGAUGUUUUGAGGUAUGGAAUCGAUUUGGCUCAAGGAAUUCUGGAACUUCACUCCAAAGGGAUCUUAAUUCUAAACCUUAAACUAUCUAACGUUCUUCUUGAUGAAAAUGACCAAGCAAUUCUUGGAGACUUUGGUAUUCCGUAUCUGCUGCUUGGUAGUCUAUUUCCAAGCUCAGAUAUGGCCUUCAGGCUUGGAACUCCAAAUUACAUGGCCCCAGAACAAUGGCAACCAGAAGUCAGAGGCCCCAUAUCCUUUGAAACUGAUUCAUGGGGUUUUGGGUGCUGCAUUGUGGAGAUGUUAACGGGUGCCCAUCCUUGGCAUGGGAGAUCUAUUGAUGAAAUAUAUCAUUUAGUUGUCAAAAAGCAUGAAAAGCCCCAAAUACCAAGUGGCCUUCCUCCAGCUGUUGAGAAUGUCCUUCUUGGUUGCUUUGAAUAUGACUUAAGAAAUCGUCCUUUAAUAUCAGACAUAUUGCACGUGUUUAAAAGCUCACAGAGCACAAUCUUUGGUGACGGAGGCAGGCCAAAUCCCUGGAGUGGGACAGUCAUAGAAAGAUCAAAUAGCACUGGCUUCAGUACUUGGUUCCUUCUAAAAGAUCGCCUGCAAGUGGGUGACGCAGUUCGGUCGAGAAAGUCUCCAAACUCUUGCAAACCAGAGAACAUGACUGUCCCUGAUGGAACAGUGGUGGGUCUAGAACGUGACACAGAACAUGGUGGCUUUGUUUUGGUAAGGGUCCGCGGUAUCCAUGACCCUCAAAGGGUUUGUGUCAAAACCCUUGAACGUGUCACUUUUGGUUUGGCUGCUGGUGACUGGGUACGCUUGAAGGAGGAGGACAAGAAGCACUCACCUGUCGGUAUUCUUCAUUCGAUCAACCGUGACAGUAAAGUAGCAGUUGGAUUCAUAGGGAUGGAAACUCUUUGGGAAGGGAAUUCUUCUGAGUUUGAGAUGGCAGAGUCCUACUGUGUUGGCCAGUUUGUGAAGCUAAAAUCCAAUGUUAUAAGCCCUCGAUUCGAAUGGCCUCGAAAAAGAGGAGGGGCCUGGGCUACAGGAAGGAUUUGGUGGAUCCUGCCAAAUGGAUGUCUAAAGGUCAAGUUCCCUGGAAUCCUGACAUUUAAGGACGAGUGCAGCACCUUCUUGGCUGAUCCGGCUGAGGUUGAACUGGUCACUCUUAAUACUUGCCCCGGGGUGGUGAAGAAGUACCAACAUCUUGAGGAUUUCCACUGGACAGUGAGACCUCUUCUCAUUGCAUUGGGCCUAUUUGCAGCCAUGAAGCUAGGAAUUUUUGUUGGACAUAAAAUGGGAAGGUCAAAGGUGAAGAAGCAACAAAGCAAUGACAUACAACGUGAGAGUCAUUAUGUUGAUGGUCAAAAUGCAGGUCAUUCUGGUUGGAUUCCUCCUAAAGUGGCAAAUAUGUUAUUCAGAGAAAAGGCAUUGCCACAGCUCCAGGUCGGUAGCCUUUAGAGCAAGCAAAAUUACCAAAAGCUACAAGUCAAUUUACUGCAAGUCCGAUUUCUGCCUUACCUAGUUUGUUAAGGCAAGUAAGUUGGGGAUUACCAUUAACUGCUUAGCAAUGUUACUUUAUAUUUAGUGUUUUUUUUUUUUUUAAAAAAAAAAAAAGGAAAAGAAAAGAAAAGAAAAGAAAGGCGUACCUGUGUAUAUACUUGUAAAGAUGUGUAAUUACUUCUCGACUCGUUCCCGAUAAUGAAAUGCUACUUAUGGCGUUGUGUUGCGCUUUGGGAUAAA